CCUGCUCGUACGACUCGCACGGACGACUCUUGAAGCCAUCGCUGAACUGUGAAUACAUUUGGAACUCGCAUGUGAACCGAUUACCAUCUCGGCGUAGCGAGCUCAAAAUUAAACAGCUAGUAAUUGCAUAAGUAGCAUAAUUAAAUAUUUUGUUGUGCGGCAAGUUGAGGCAAGUCGCCUGUGUCUGUGUGUGUGAUGAAGUAGUGUUUAGUGGAACAUAUUGGCGCUGCAACAUUCCUGUGACGCGGUGCGCGUGUUUGUAAUAAGUGACAAUUUGAAUUUUUAAGCCUUACCGCGCGACCGUUACAACUGUUUUGGCGUUGCAAGUGCAGUUUAAGCGUGUGUUUGUACGUGUGUGUGUGUUUGAGCCGAGCUUUGUUUUGCAUGUCGACGCCGUUAAAUUUAUUGCGAGUACACUCAAAAAAGCGUGCAUUAAAUAGUAAUAGCUCCAAACAACAACAAUAACAAUAACGAUCACACGUUGCACGCCAACAAACAGCCACUUAGCGCCAACUUUUGCUACCAAUUCGAACUAACAACAAUUUAGCAACAAAAAAACAACAACAAAUAAGACGCAAACACAAAGAAAUCUUUCCAACAAUCGGCAACAACAACAGUAACAGCACCGUUACGUUACGAUCACAGCAAUCGCCGUGAUUAAUUGCAUGUGGCAGUUGAAAGUGAUUGAUAAAUUGCAGCAAUGCGAUAGCCGUGUUGUUGCCGCUGCCAUACUUGCCACUAAUAACGCCAGCGCUGCCUGAGAUGUUGCCGCGGAGGCGCACAGGUAGCCAACAGCAAUGCGUUUCGCCAAAAAUAGCAGGCAACGAAUUUUUUUAAAACGAAGAAAUUUAUAAAUUUAAUUUGUGUGCAUGUGGCGAAAAAUUUUAAAAUACAAAAACAGCAACAACAAAGAGCAAGUAAUAUUAUUAAAAACAAAACGCAAAGCGCGCAACACAACAAAUGUGAGCAAUAGCAAUUAUCUGGUGCACCAACGCAUUUUUGGAGCCGAGAAAGUGACCGCAUUUUAAUGAGACAAGCAGCGCCCCACUCGGCCAGUGCCACAGCGCAAGGAUAAACGAAAAUGCCAAAAGUUGCAAAGUGAAAUUUUUUGAAAUUAAACAGUGUGCGCUAAUUAGCGCUGUGCGUAAUAUAGUUUUCGAAAACAAAACAACAAAGUGCGAGCAAGAAAGUUGGAAAUAAACAAUUUUUGUCGCGUCAUGGUGAACUAUUGCAAAAACAACAAGUGCGCUAAAAAAUAAGAGUAAUAUUUAGUAAUAUUAUGAAUAUUCAAGAUUUGUAUAAUAAAAUAAUUACACUUUAAAAAGAUUUUCAAGAAAUAAUUUUAAACUUUUUGCAAUAAAAGCUACGAAAACCAAUCUCCGCUUAACAGUUUUGGCCUGAAAAAUAUGCAAAAGUAUGCCGAAAAUCUAAAAUUUCACUAAAAAUUUCGAGUUAAGUUAGUCCCAGCAGCCAAAAGCAAUAAAAACACGUUGGAAAGGUGAGAAUUAUUGGCCCUGCAAUUUGUUGUUAUCGAAUAACUGUCAAACGUCAACCCCCUUGUUUGGAAAAGCUGGACGAAAUUCAAGGCUUUCCAAAAUGCUUUACUGACAUGGCGGAGGGCUGUGAGGAAACAGAGAGCCAGCCAAGCAACCGUAAAGCCGAUAACGCGCCGACCAUGCUCGGCACUGUCCUGCCAUGCGAAGCCACCAUUACAGCCGCCUCACUCGGUACUACCUCGAACGCCGGUGGCGGGAUUGUCAUUAAACGCGAACCGACGACCAACUCCAGCGCCUACGUGGACGCCAGCGUACAUCAUUUGAGUGGCAGCAUUUCGGCCACAGUCAGCCUAACCACCGCCGGUACGCACAGCCCCGGCGUCGGUACACCACCGCCGUCCACAACGCCAACGGUCACACAUUUAUUGGCUAUCUCGCCAAACGGUUGCCGACCGACAACACCAGCGCUACAACAACAGCAACAACGCACGCCCACACCCAUAUCGGGCAUACGCGGCACAGGUGCAACUGCGUCAACAGCGGCCGCGGCCUGUUCCUCCUCAUCGUCAUCGUCAUCUUCCUCAUCUUCCAAUUCUUCAAUGACUUCAUCCACUUCGUCCUCAUCAUCGACGGCCUCGUCUUCGACGACAGCGGCUGUCGCGCCCAACUCAAAUGCUAACAAAUCGCCUUGCAGCAUAGCGGGCUCACCGUAUUCCACAUCGGCGGUCGCAUCUUCGGUGCGCGGCGGUAUCUCGCCAACAUCGCCGCCGCUCUCCUCAGUGGCGCCCGGCACACCCAUCGGUUUGGAGGCCAGCAACGGUAGCUGCGGUUCGACUGCUGCUAACGGUAUUGCUGUGGUAGGUAGUGGGUUGACGGUAGCGCCAGCUGCUGCGGCGCCGGUGACGUCGUCAGAUACGCUGACGAAUGCCAUGUCGCCGAUCACAGCGGCGCAACACCAACAUACACCUUCGCCAAGCGCUGAGCCGACGUCAUUGCUGCCACAUGUGACACUGAACAUCAAAACUGAAUCGGACUAUGAAAAGGAUAUCACCAACCACAAGCUCAACUCACCGCUUAGCAAUCACAGUCUGCAUGAACUACACACUCAGAACUCUUUCGAGAAGGAUCACGUCAAAGAGCUGGAAUUUUAUCAAAGCUUAGCCAAGGCGGCCUCGCUGGCCAAUCACAAUGACGCCCACUCACGGCAUUCGCAUGAUUCACACGAGCUCUCACCGCCCACUUCGCCCCAACCGAUGCAAAUCGACACCGACGUGGGUGAGGAUUGCGAUGCGCGCGAUCAUCUCAAUCCGCUGUCCGACGCGGAGGAACACGAGCAGCAGGCGAAGGCGUCCGCAUCGGCUUUAGCGGUGGCAGCAGCGGCAGCGCAGGCGCAUCUGAACGGAACUAUGCAAGACAUGAUAAAUUUACAAAAAUUACAAAAUUUAGCCACGCUCCAGCAGCAGCAGCAACAACAACAACAACAACAGCAACAUCAUCACCUACAACAUUCCAGCGGCGGCAAUGGUAUGCACCAGCAUCACCACCACCACCACACACAGCUUCCGCACUUGCAUACGCCACCUGGCGGCUCGACCACUCCGGUGAGCGUGGCACAGAGUGUCACUCCGGCGACAGCAGCAGCAUUAGCAAGUCUUCAGGGAUUAGCGGCUGGUAUCAGCGCCUCAGCAGCAGCGGCGGCAGCGCUCAACUCUCCACUCAAUCUGACUGUGAGCGCAGGUGCAGGUGGCAGCGCUGGCAUUAGUGCUUGUCUACCACCAAUUGGCGCCACUGGCCCACACAGCGCACCCUGCUCCCCCAACGCGUUAUCUGCCUCGAAUGUGUUGGCUGCAGCAGCAGCCGCCGCGGCGGCUUCUAACAAUAAUAAUAAUAAAGUCAUGUCACAUGCUGGCGGCUGCGGUAGUGGCCAGGACAAUGGCGGCGGCACAUCGCCUAACUCGAGCUCGGUGCAGGCCCAGACGAUGGCUCAGAACACUUUGGCAAAUGUGUUGAAUUCAGCGGCAGCGGCCGCGGCGGCUGCAGCAGCAGCAGGAGCUGCGGCCACCGCUUCUCCGCCGCCCGCGCUGCCGACACCGGCGACAAGCGCCCAAAUGCCGCAACUGAUACUCGCAUCCGGCCAACUGGUGCAGGGCGUGCAAGGGGCGCAGCUGCUCAUUCCAACGGCGCAGGGUAUAGCCGUGCAGACCAUUCUGACCAUACCAGUGAGUCCGCAGAUCAACACCAACGAGCAAUUCUUGCAGAACUUCGGCGCCUUUGCAUCAUUUCAACAACAGCAGCAGCAACAACAAGCACUCUUGCCACCUCCUUUGCCACCAGCGCUCGCUGCCUUGCAACACGCUUCAACGCUGCCUCAGCUCGCACAAACCCAGACGAAUUUACUCAAGCCCAACCUCUUCUCGAGCAGCGUGCAACAGCUGUUAGCCGCCUUGCAUCCGGAAUUGUUUGCCGCGGCCGCCGCUAAUCAUCACCUGCACGCCUCGUCGCAAGCCUCACAUCAUGCCAUGCACCAUGCGCAGCAACAACGCAGUGACCAACAAUCGGCGGCGCCACCGCCGCACCUUGCCCAUCUGCCACCACCGCCACACCAUCACCUAGCCGCACAUUCACACACGCUGUCGGGUGAUUUGCAUUUAGCUGCCGCAGCAGCCGCGGCUGCGGCGCGUAACAGUGAGAGUGGACAUUCGCCUACCAGUUCACCCCCGCCGCACAGCAUAGGCGGCGGAGCAGAGCGCACGGUCAAUAGUAGUGCGUCAUCAAGUACAAAAGCCGCCGCGGCGGCAGCGGCAGCAGCAGCCGCUUUUCAUCUUCAACAGCAAUUACACAUUAAGCAAGAAACCUCUCCGCGCCAUCAUCAUCACGCGCUGCACUCACAUACACACCAUAGCGGCGCACAUCACCACUCACUUCGACACACAGUGGAUGAGCUCGCCUCACCAAACCGGGAAAUUGGAAAGUCGACAAACCCAAGCUCUUCGGUUACAUCGAUGCAUAUGCCACCGGAUGUGAGCGCAUCUCCACCGCCUGGACUUAGUGCACACCAUCAUCACUUUCAUCACCGCAGCAAUGUGUUGGGAAGUGGUCACCAGACGAGCUCGACCCCAUCGCCACGUCCAAACUCGUCCACUUCGACGUGUACGAUGACGUUGCGGGACCGUGAUAGGGAUAGGGAGCGGGAGCGGGAGCGGGAGCGAGAAAGAGAACGUGACCGUGAACGUGAUAGGGAGCGUGAGCGGGAACGUGAACGCGCUGAACGCACGGAAACGCAUCACAAACGCAGUCCUACACGUGGCAGCGGCUCUCUAAACAACGGGCCCAACGCUAUCACGUGCAGUGGCCUGAACCUCAGCCAUCAUUCUAAUAAACGUGAAAGGGAACGUGAACGCGAGCAUUUGAGGCGUUCAUCUUCGCCUACACUCGGCUCGGCAUGUAACUCAACACAAUUGCCGGUGAGCGGUCGCAACUCAUCCGCCGUUGCAAGUUCGUUGUGCGCUUCCAAUACCAACUCAGCCUCAAUCAAUGCAUCAGCGUCAGCAACAUCCGCCUCAGUAUCCGCAACUGGCAAUCAACAUCACCAACAUGGGCAUCACUCACACCAACAUCACCAAAGCCAUCAUCAGGCACACCACAGUCUACACCAUCAUCCGCAUACGCUGUCGUCAGGCGUCACAACAAGUUCGGCUUCCGCCUCAUCGGCCGGCGGCGUAUUGUCGUCUUCGACAUCGACGACAUCCAACGAAAGAGGCUAUUCAUCUCCUUUGCGCGGCACUGCUGGCCAAUUGUUCCGCACCCACUCACCGCCACCGUCAUCGUCCGCAGCGGUAGCAGCCAUCACGCACUUGCAUCAUCAUCAACAUCAACAACAGCAGCAGCAGCAACAACAGCACGGCCAACAUGCACACAAUAUGAGCUCACCGCAUGAGCGUGAUUUUCUAGGAAAUGGCGGCGGAAUGAGGGCAUCUCCACUGGGUAUUGGCGUUAGUGGCGGCGGUGCAGCGGUCGGCAUGGGCAGUGGACAAUCUUCAGCGGCCAGCAUGCUCAACAGCAUUAAUAGACUCUCCGCCUCGGCAAAUGGUGAAUUGACCAUCACAAAGUCGCUAGGUCCGCCUUCAGCGACCGCGAUACGUGCAUCGUCUGCCUCGCCCACCUCGCCGGGUCUCGGUUCGUCGUCGCUUGGCAUAAAUACCUCAUCCGCGUCGCAUCUGGUGCAUCACCCACACCAUGGCAUGCACGCGAUGAAACUCAGCCCGACAACCAGUUCGUCAAUGCAACGUGAACGUGACCGCGAACGUGAGCGGGAAAGAGAAAGAGAGCGGGACCGCGAAAGAGAACGCGAACGUGAACGAGAUCGAAUCAGCGGCAGUGGCCUUGGAGAACCGACUUCUCAGCUCUCUCCUAAUGGCACGGACGGUUCGAGCGGUGCGCACGAUCUGCUAAUGGAUUCACCGAAUGAGCCCACCAUCAACCAGGCGACCACCAAUGUGGUUGAGGGCAUCGAUUUGGAUGAGAUCAAGGAAUUUGCCAAAGCGUUCAAGUUGCGACGUCUCUCACUGGGUCUCACGCAAACGCAAGUCGGGCAGGCGUUAUCGGUGACCGAGGGACCCGCCUACAGUCAGAGCGCCAUAUGCAGUGCACUCGCCGCACAGAUGUACGCCGCCCAAUUGUCGUCGCAGCAACAGAACAUGUUUGAGAAGUUGGACAUAACGCCAAAGAGCGCGCAGAAAAUCAAGCCAGUCUUAGAGCGCUGGAUGAAAGAGGCCGAAGAGAGUCACUGGAAUCGCUACAAAUCUGGCCAGAACCACUUGACCGACUACAUAGGCGUGGAGCCGUCGAAGAAGCGCAAGCGACGCACCUCGUUUACGCCACAAGCGCUGGAGCUGUUGAAUGCCCACUUCGAGCGCAACACACAUCCAUCGGGCACCGAAAUCACCGGCCUGGCGCACCAAUUAGGCUAUGAGCGCGAGGUGAUACGCAUUUGGUUUUGCAACAAGCGCCAGGCGCUGAAGAACACCGUGCGCAUGAUGUCCAAAGGCAUGGUGUAGGACGCCAUGCCCUACGACCACUUUCCGAGCACUUUCUGAAUGUGAGUAAGACGUAGGCAACACGAUAUCAUGGGAGCAGCAGCGCUGUUGUGACGUCUCGCUUGAAAACCGAUUUACUGCGGACACAAAAAUCGCCUGGCAGUCCUUUAAGCACAACACUGCUGCACAAGCUGUAAAUUAAUUUAGCAUUUAUUCCAAUUUGCCUCUGCAGCAUGCAAGUCAUCAUUAGUUAUGCAUUAAAUAUAUAUAAUUUUGUAAAGUAAUUACAUCACUUAAGCACGGCAACACUCAAUACUCUAAUGGCUAGCUAUUGAUUUAUACUAAACUAAUGCAGCAGCACGCGCUAAUAGUGCGAAGACAAGUCUCCUUUAGAUCCAAAAAGGUCCCAGUGCGUACUGCACAGCUCAUUCUUAUAGCUACGAAGUUAUGUUCGUCCUAAGCAAAAGUAAAUUAAGUAAGUGUGCAGCCUUGUGUGCCACGCUUUCCUCCUACGAAGUCGCAACAGUAUGUCAUAAAAGUAUAGAUACCGAGAGUUGUAUUGUAUAGCAUUUCAAACGCUAUUUAUUUGAAUUGUGAAAGAAAUGUAAGCACGUGGAUAACAAUUAAAUCGGCACACUCGUCGGCAUAACUGUAAAUAUGAUAUUUGGUGCAUAAAAUACAAUAACAACGCAAGCGCAGUGGAUGUUCGGGAGUAUUCGCAGAGACUAGGAAAACUCAGUUGAUUUUGAAAUGCUCUUAUUCGAUAUAAAGCGUAUGUGCGCUGCGCUUGCGUAUGCAUAAUUGUGGAAAAUAUAUUAAAUUGGCAAAUAAUAAAUUUAAAUUAAUCAUCCAGGCCAUGGCAUUGUAAAUGGUGUGUCAUAUAUGUAUGUAUGUGUAUGUUCAAAACAGUCUACACAAUAAUAUUUAUGUUUAUUUGUAUGCAUUAUUAAGCAGUAAAAUAAAAGUAAACUAAGCAUAAAUAAAUACUAGCAACCAAUUAAAUUAGUCCAACUAAACAUUGUAUACGAAUAGCAAACUAAAAGCAAGGAAAAAUACAAAGCAUUUAAGCUAUGUGUGUAUAAUUUAGCUGUAACAGACACUAUCACUUUGUUAAUUCUCCAUUUAAUUUUGUUGAAAGUUAAAUUGUUGUACACUCUUUAUGUUUUCAACUUUACGUUACAGUCUGUUAAAAUAAAAUUUCUAAUUAUGUUAAAAAUUUUUCUACCAUUAAGUAUCAUUUACCGUGUGUCUUGUGUUGAUAAGUAGAUUUUAUAACGGUUAUUUCUUCAUUUAAACUGUUUCCGCCUUUUCAUUAUUUUCAUAUUUUGAAAUAUUUUUGAACGCAGAUUUGUUUUUAUACCAAUAUAACAUUAGUUAAAUGAAUUCGCUGAAUUUUCAAUUAUUUUUAAUAACAUAAGAAUUUAAAAUGAACUUUUAAAUAUUUAUUUCCACUAGUAAUAUUAAAUAAUUCAGCGCAUAAUAAAUAAGUGUUUGAAAAGUUUAUGAGAAAUUAACAUAAAUGACAUAACACAGCUGUAACCUACUAACAGAAAUUCUAUCCACUGACGUAGCAUAUUAACAGAGCAUAUUAUUUUAUUAACAUACUCUGCUAUUAAUUAUGUUAUUUUAAUAAGAGAUAAUAAUGUAAAAGAAAUAAUGAUAUAACGGUUUAAAUUUAAAGCGAAGCGUACUAUUUAGCCCUAAAUCACAGCCGCAAGGCACUAGACUUAGAGAAAUACUUGUAAUUUAGACAAACGAAAAAUGUUAAUAAGGCAAAAUUAACAUAAAUAUGUUUAAUGAAAUUAAGCUUAAGGUUAAAGUAAGUAGUUAUGUUACGCUGUGCAUAGCUGCAUGAAAUUAAAUGAAGAAAGACCCCAAACUGUACUAACAUUAAAAUAACUAAAUAAUGAAGUAAUGAAAUACGUGUGUAUGCGUGAACUUAUUUAAAUGGAUUGUAAUAAAAAAACCAAAAUCAAGAAUAUAAACGAAAAA